AUGUCGUUCCAGUCUCCCGUUCUACGGGAAUACCCGUCCUACAAGAGCCCCUACGGACCUAAGUACCACUACCAACCCCACGUCGGCGGGUAUACGUUCAAGCAGAUUGCCAGGCUCGGACUUAGGGCCAGCGCUUUCGGUGGCGUAGCCCUCUUCGGCGUCAUUUACUACGCCUCCGGCAUCCCCAGAGUAAAGAAGGAUAUCCUACAAAAGAUUCCCUUCCUCGGUGGCUACUUCAUCGACCAUGUUCCUGCAUCAGACAACCCCUUCUAA